UCCCAUAGUCUCUAUCUUCAACAAAAGCUGUCUCGUCUUACUGGCACCAAGCUAGGAGAGAUGCACAGUGCUGUGAUCUCAGCCCCUAGAUGAUGACUGAAAGCUCUGAGUCAUGCAUGUGCAGAUAACAGAAAUCUUUAAGAAAUGAUCUGCCUUCUAUUACUCAGUUUUGAAGCACUAACUCUGCAUGCCCUGCUACUGAGUGAUGCCUUGUGUGCACAAAUUAACUGUGUUCCUCCUAGAAAAUCAGAAGAGAUGCAGCAAAUGUCCUGUGCUGUGAAUUUCUGAUUGCUGAGGGCAAAAUGCAUCUCUCAGUAAAACUGGACAAAAUCAGAAUUUGCAUUUCCAAUUUAAUUGUCAGAUUCCAAUUUAAAUGUCAGAUAUUCCCUUCUGUAUGAUUUUAAAAGUUUAGGUCAGGUCGUGAGUUGUGGGAAUGAAUUAUCUUGCAGAACUUCUGAACGAGGCUGUAUUGUAGAGCUACAUCCAUCACCCCAAAAACCCAAUGCUCAGAAGCAGGGGCUGAAGAUGGAGUGAUCUAUCUGGAUGUUUGCUAUGGGAGUGCCUUGUGUCUUUGGUGCUGUGAAAGUGGAGGAAGGAAAACCAAACAAAAAGGAGGAAGCAAAAAAAAAAUAUGUAAGAGCAAUCACUGGGAAUGCAGCACUGACAAAAUUUUGUCAUGUGUUUUUUUUUAGGGUCAGAUGGUAGCUAAAGAAAGUCUGGAAUAGCAUUUAGUGAGAGCUUUGGUGUCAGACUGUGCUCAGGGGAAAAGUGAGUCUGCAUUGCUGCAAGUUCCUUUUCCAAUGGAGAUCAUGCAGAGGGCGUCAGGCUCCAAAAUACAUUUCUUCUAAAUGUGGGAGCCUGUUUGAUAGCAGAGUGCUAAAGGUGGAAAAUGUAUGCAGGAAGAUCUUUAGGAGGAAGGAAAGCAUGUGGCAGGUGCAUUGAGGCAACCAGAGGCAUGUCAAGCCUGUGUGGAGCAGAGCUUGGCCUUCUAAUAACCUGCAGCAAAGUGCUGGUGCAGCUUUUCCUUGGAUGUGGAUCUGGAGCAGAAGCAAUGGGUUUGGACAGUGCAGGAAAAUGCCAGUAGUGCAAAAAAUGAUAAUCAUAAAAAAAGAAAGCAGUUCACUCCUAGUUACCCUGAAAAACUCGGAUGUAAAGUUCUUAAUGCAGAACUGGUCAAAAUACAAGAAAUAAAACGUUGCAGAGCCCCUUCUAAGUUUGGAAGAUGGGGAUGUAAAACUGAAAGCGCUCUGUGGCAGAAAGCAAUAUGCAAAUGCUGAACUUGUUUUGGAAGAUCUUUCUGUCAGAGAUGGAUGUGCCUGGUGGAUGGGUUCUGGUUGCUGAGAGAAGCCGGGGGGAAUAAACAGCGUUAAAAUUAGCGCUGGGGUGCUCUGCCGCUCUCCAGAAAAGGAUUAAGCCGUGUUAGGGAGCGAGGCACAGAGCAGUACCGAUCCCCGCUGGAACCCAAGCAGAAAUCGAGGGAAUCGAGGAAUGGUUCGAGGCGAUGGUUUGUUGCGGUCGAUCCGGGUGGGCGCAUCGCAGAACCGCCCCGUGCAGCGGGCGCUGCCGUGGGCUUUGUAUGAACGAAACCAGCCGGCUGCGGGCUUCCCGGGGGCGGGGCGGGCCGCUCCGCCGCUCCCGGCCCUCCUCCGGCCCUCCUCCCUCCCUGCCCGCCGCCCUCCUCCCUCUCUUUCCCCGCACUGCCCGCCGCCCGCCGCCGCAGCCCGGCAUGCCCCAGCCGCUGCCCCCCACGCAGCUGUACGCGGCGGAGCGGGCGGCGGUGCUGACCUCGUGCGUGCUGUCGUCGCUGGGCUCCGGGCUCCUGGUGGGCACCCACGCCCUGUGGCCGGAGCUGCGGACCCGUCCCCGGGAGCUCCUGCUCUACCUCUCGUUGGCCGACCUCCUCUCCGCCCUCUCUUAUUUCUACGGGGUGCUGCAGGACUUCGACAGAACCUCGUGGGACUGCGUGCUGCAGGGCGCCCUGUCCACCUUCUCCAACACCAGCUCCUUCUUCUGGACCGUGGCCAUUGCCCUCUACCUCUAUGUCACCAUUGUGAGGGGCUCGCCCACGGGUGCGGGUUUGCUCUGCUGCUUCCACAUCGUGAGCUGGGGAGUCCCCCUUGCCAUUACGAUUGCAGCUGUGGCUCUGAAGAAAAUAGGCUACGAUGCUUCCAAUGUUUCUGUGGGCUGGUGUUGGGUCAACUUGGAUGCAGAGGAUCGAGUGCUGUGGAUGCUGCUGACGGGGAAAGUUUGGGAGAUACUGGCCUACGUGACUUUGCCUGUGCUCUAUAUCCUCAUCAAAAGGCACAUCAAUAGAGCGCAUGCAGCUCUCUUAGAGUAUCGUCCCAUUCUCUCAAGUGCACCUGCUCUUCAGCCAUGGACUUCCACAGCAGACAAGAAGUUGAUUCUCAUCCCUGUCAUCUUCAUCGUCCUCCGCAUCUGGAGCACUGUGCGCUUCAUUCUGACGCUCUGCAACUCCCCUGCAGUGCAAAAUUCAGUCCUGGUUGUCCUGCAUGGAAUUGGAAACACGUUUCAAGGAGGUGCCAACUGUAUUAUGUUUGUCCUCUGCACGCGUGUGGUCCGAACUCGGCUGCUGUCCUCCAUUUGCUGUUGUCACCACGAUGAUGUGGGUUGGCCUUGGCGAAGCUCGAGCAGCAGCCGGCAGCACGCAGACCCUGCUAAGAGUGAGGAUGUGCCAGACCCCGAGCAGACAAAGCCCCUGCUGCCCAGAACCUGAACCUCAUCUGCCCGUGUCUUGACACUGAUUCCAUCCUGCUGGGUGUGGGAUCAUCCCCGAGCCCCACAGGGGGAGCUAAAGCCUGGGGAAAAGCACUGCUGGAGUGGCUGAGUACAGUGAAGAUGUCCCACUGCUGUGGGUUCCGAUCCCUGC